CCACACUGAUGUAUUAAUUUAGACUCUGUUAAUUAAAUUCUUAAUUAAAAAGAGAAUUUAAUUCAAGAAAAUUUGUGAAAAAGUGUUAAAUAGUUUUCAGCGAGCUUAGACGUUGGGUUGAUUGACGCGAGUGCAACAAGUGAAAGCCAAAAUUCCAGAAAUGCCACCCGUUCAAAUCCAGGCUACCAAUAUGUCGCUGAGUGCAAUGCAUUGCACGAGAUGCGCGGAUGGCUUUGAACCCACCGAGAAGAUUGUCAACUCCAAUGGCGAACUCUGGCACACACAAUGCUUUGUUUGUGCUCAGUGUUUCCGUCCGUUCCAGGAUGGCAUUUUUUACGAAUUUGAGGGUCGCAAGUACUGCGAACGUGAUUUCCAUGUGCUUUUUGCGCCAUGUUGCAACAAGUGCGGCGAGUUUGUUAUCGGCCGCGUUAUCAAGGCCAUGUCCGCCAGCUGGCAUCCACAAUGCUUCCGCUGCCAGUUGUGUGCCAAAGAGUUGGCCGACAGUGGCUUUAUACGCAAUCAGAAUCGUGCACUUUGCCACGAAUGCAAUGCCAAGGUGAAGGCUGAGAUCACCGGACGUUAUGUGUGCCAAAAGUGUCAUGGUUUGAUUGACGAGGAACCGCUGCGAUUCCGGGGCGAAGUCUAUCAUGGUUAUCAUUUCAAUUGUUCGUCUUGCGGCACCGAAUUGGAUGCCACAGCGCGUGAGGUGAAGAGUCGCCCAGGUCUAGCUGCCAAUGAUAUGAAUGAACUGUAUUGUCUUCGCUGCCACGACAAGAUGGGGAUUCCGAUUUGCGGCGCCUGUCGUCGUCCCAUUGAGGAGCGUGUGGUCACAGCGCUGGGCAAGCACUGGCAUGUGGAGCAUUUCGUAUGCGCCAAGUGUGAGAAACCCUUCCUGGGACAUCGCCACUACGAGAAGCGCGGUCUGGCGUAUUGCGAGACGCAUUAUCAUCAACUGUUUGGCAAUCUGUGCUUCGUGUGUAACCAAGUCAUUGGUGGCGAUGUUUUUACUGCGCUGAACAAGGCGUGGUGUGUGCAUCACUUUGCCUGCUCCGUGUGCGACACCAAGAUGACGCAAAAGUCAAAAUUCUACGAAUACGAUGAGAAGCCCGUCUGCAAGAAAUGCUAUGAACGUUUCCCCAACGAGCUGCGACGUCGUCUGCGCACCUCCCACGAGAUGACCAUGAAGAAGAAUGUCUAGUGAUUGGUCAGCAGACUGUCCGCUGUCAAAUUUCCAAACACAAAUCUACGUUAAAACGUGCCUUUUCAGCAACGAGUGCCUUCAACACAAUUGAAAGCAAAAUCUUUAGAUCGCUUAGUUCUCUGUUUGUAGUUGUCCACUUCUAACAUUCAAUGUUAAUCCUUGAAACUAAAAAAAAAAAAAAAAAAAAACAAUCUUGUGCUUAUAUUUUCAUAUUUUCUUUGCAAA